AACACGCCCAACGGCAUCCACGAAAUGAAGUCAUGGGCGUUGAUAGGGCAGACCGAAUGUUUCCGCUAUGCUACUGGCUAGCUAGUUAGCUUACUAGGGGAGGCUGCCUUCGUGGAUUUGCAUUACACUUCAAUGGAUGACCGGACCGAUGGAUGGGUGUCUGAUGGAUGUUUGAAGCAUGUAGACGAGAGUCGCCCUGGUCCACCGAACGCAUGGGUAGAAGAUGAUCAACACCACCAGUACGAGGAAGCGCAGACGGAGAAAACGGGUAAUGGAAAAAUAAAUGGAACCCCAGUGGAGAGAGAGGACAACCCUUCUGCCCCUGUUCCUGUGGAUGCCCUUCAUUACUCGAGCAGCAGACAACUUAAAACUUCUAACUUGAAACCAAAACCUCCUGGGAAGCUCCUCGCCACUCACAGAAAAGGCAGUAGCAAUAGCCAUUUUAAGAACAGUAUGAACUGCAAAAAUGACACGCCUUCAGAGUUGAAAACACGUGAUAGCAAGAGUGAGUCCAUUGCUUUACCAAAUGGCGUUGUGCUCCUCAACCCUGGCCUUUAUGCUAAUGGUUACCCCAGCAAGCCUGGACCAGACAGUGGUGGCAGUGGUUCUGAGAAUGGAUACAUCACUCCCAAAAAACGCUGGGCUCAGCGGAGUGCAAUGGCUGAGGAGAGUGUGACUGCUGGGCAGGAGAAGGCUGUGCUACAAGCAGCUAUGGUCCCUAACAAACAUGAGAUGGAGCCUCACACUCCAGAGGCUGCUGAAACCGCAGCAGAAUCUCAGUCUCCCACCUCCAUCACAGGUGUCCCACCUGUGGUACAGGCCCCUGUGGAUCAGGUUGGUGAACUACAGUGUAAGAACUCUGAGGGCAAGGCUGCAGCAGGCUCUGUUAAAAAGCUGGAAGACAGACCGGGCAAAGCCAAGCUUACCUCCACAAAAGAGGACUCAUGGACCCUCUUUAAACCACCCCCUGUCUUUCCUGUGGACAAUAGUAGUGCUAAGACAGUGCCCAAGAUCAGUUAUGCAAGUAAAGUGAAAGAGAAUCUAAACAAAGCAGCAGCCCAAGCUGCAGGUGACACCUCAUUUCCCCAAUCCCAGGUGCCCACCAGACUCUCCCAAGUCCCCAUGUCUGCUGUCAAAACCAUCACCUCCCCUAGCUUCACCAAUGGACCCCUAUCUGGAGAGGGGAAUAGCUGCCCCCUCCCUGCGCCCCUUUUUACCACUACUGUUUGCACUGCCCCAAUGCCUGUCUCCCCUCCCCGCAAGUGGGAGAACGAAGCAUCCUUGUCCAGCAACGGCACUGAUAUGUCAGGCGCCCCCUCCAUGACUACCAGAGAACUGAGAAAGGCCAGUCUCCUUGUUUAUCCCCUGGCCACUUCAAAUAUGCAACCCGCCCUCCCCAGCGCCCGCCAAGUGGACUCACCUGCCGCUAAGACAAAUCCCAAAGCUCUGGUGGACAUUUUCCAGAACCAGUGGGGGCUGUCGUUCAUCAAUGAGCCCAGUGCAGGGCCUGGGGUGGGGCCGGCAGUAGUGGGACAGCCAGCCCGGAAAGGCCAGAUCGUGGAGAUCACCUUUCAGGGAGGCGGCCCUGCAGCUUUGCCUCUGCAAGUCUCUGCUACCUCCACUCUGAGACCCGCCAAGCCCCUCUUCCCUAAGGCUUACGAGCAGGACAAACAGACUAUCUCUCAAGCCCCUAGCAGUGUUGGGAAAUCAGGCCCUCCCUUGGCUCCUGGCCCUGAUGCUGGGCUGGGAGGCCAAGCCCCUGGCCCAGACACUCUGAGGGGUGAGGCUGGGAGUAGAGGUGCCAUAGUGUCCUCCUCUUCUAAGGACCCUGGUGCUGAGCUGCCUCUUGCCUCUCCUGCUCAUCCUGUGUCUGCUUUGGCCAAGGAGCCCAGCCACCCCAAGGGUUGCGACCCAGGAUCUUGUUGGGGGGCGUUCGAUCUAAAAGCUGCUGUUAUUUAUCACACUAAAGAAAUUGAAUAUAUUCAGAAUUUACAAAAACAAGAUUCAAAAGGAGUUGUGUUCUAUGACCAGUCCAAGGAUGGGCCUGUUCAGUUAAGUCAUGACUGAGCGCUACGCCCUCUCCUGGCUGCCGCCUCAUGAAACGGUGCCCUGGAGGUCACUUAGAACUGCUCCCUCUCCUUUUUGAGACUCACGUUACAGGACUCCUUUGAUGUGAGCAGUUUGUGCCGUAGAGGGGACACAGUACAGCAGCACCACAGACAGAGACUACACUGAGCCUCUUACAGGGAUGCUGUCAUUCGGGAGAUUACAGGAUGGUUGAACAGUGGGGAAACAAGCUUUUUGACAUGAAACGUGUCCACAAGAGUGACUCUUACAUUUCUCCCUCAAUUUCCAUGUUCAGAGACAGGCUUGUUGAGGACAUCAUGUGGGAUGCUCAGUCAGUCACCACCUUGGCCCCAUCUUUGGAAUCACAGGAUACUGGAGAGAGAUGGCCUCUCCUCUCUCAGCCUGUCAUGGAAGAGGAAACAUUUGAUUUCUUUAGGAAUUCAAAAUGUUCACAUUUGAACUGUAAGGUAUCACAGAUGCGUAAUUAUGAAUUCAGACCGAAACAAAUGGGAAAUACUUUAACGUUUUAGAAUGGUUGCCUUGUAGAUGUGAAAACAGUGUGGCGGCAAGAAAAACUAGUUGGGGUUUUCUGCUCGAAUUCUAGAUUAAAGUAAACCAAAUAUCAUGGGGAGGCUUUUGUAAGCCCCUGCAAAACAAAUGUUUUAAUUUGGGAUUACGGAGGGGUUGGUUCACAUGUUAUUUUUCCAUGUUAACUGAAUUACACUAAUUAGAAAUCCCAGGUCAUUGGGUGGACGGAUGGAACUUCUUAUUUGUGUUCAAGGUUCAAAUCAUGAGAACAUGCAUCCCUCUCCCGUCGAGGCCUAGUCUGUUGAAUUUCAAAGUACGGUCUCAAGUCUUAGGGCUCUGUUAAUACCUGACUCUUUUUUGGGAUGUUUUUCCUCAGGAUGUGUGGUGGUUACCAACACUGCGCAGAGGCUAUACUUGCGUACAUUUUCUUUUAAGAUUUAGGUUUUGGAGUUCUGGCCACUUUUUUUUUUUUUUUUGUCUCAUUGGUUUUUGCACAGAAUAGACGCUUAGGCAAUGUCCACUUUUGUACUGUAGGAAUGCUUUAGAAUGAGAGAUUCACACAGGGCAGUAUUUUAACCAGAAAUAUGCAAAUGUUCAUGUUACAAGUCUCCUAUUGACAUCAAUGCAGGAUUUAGCUGAAAUUUAGGACCGAUGUCUCAAGUCUGUGUUUCACCUCCAUAGGAGAAUUGUUAAAUUCAUAGGGAAAGGAAUUUUUGGCUUAUUUGACCAGGUUAGGCUGCUCAUUUCUGUUUAGUUGAGGAUUUGUCUCUCUCCCAAGUCCCCAUACGUGAAUUUAAUCAGCCUACAUUAUGAUGACUGAUCAGCACUUUAAAUGUAGAUUAUCUAUAUAAUUAAAGCAUAAUAAUAAUAAUAAUAUGCCAUUUAGCAGACGCUUUUAUCCAAAGCGACUUACAGUCAUGCGUGCAUACAUAUUUUUGUGUAUGGCAUAACAUUUUAGUAAUUAACUAAAUUAAAUGUCUAAUAUUUAUCCCAGCUAACUCUUUGGCUCCUAACAAUCACAGCACCUUUUAAAUAGGAUAGUCUGUUUAUGACCUAAUACAGUUAUUGGUUGUUUGGCAAUGUUGAUCAUUAAUGGGGCCAAACUAAGCCAGGGGACAUCUUUUGAACAUUCUGUUUGUCUAUAAUAGGGUAUUAUUUUGGUUUAGCCCUUAUUUACUUAAACUCUUGUUCAAAUUAAUUUCAUCUGGGGAUUGUCAGGCUGCGAUCAGUUUUUGCAAACUUUUUUGUUGGUUUCUCCGACUUUGGGUCAUGCUUUAGGUAGUCAUCAGUGUUUUAAUUGUCAGGGUUAAUGUGAAAAUAUGAAAGUCUUUGUAUUUGACUGAUAAUGGCACAUUUAUGGCACCUUAAUUCCUUUUAGUUUGUGUCCCUCUAAAUCGCUAUUAAAAUAUUGGAAAACAAUCAUAUCUCUGACAGUUGAAUUGGGAACUAAAAUGAUACCACAGUGUAGGCAUCAGCGACCGGUGUAAUAGAACAUGCUGAAAAACCCAGUUCAAGGACUGCUGUCUUCUGUUAUGACAGGCAAAUAGCCUGUGUGUGUGUGUGUGUGUGUGUGCAUGAUGUUUAUCUUCACAAACAUGGUCAAGGGUCAACACAAAAUACAGGGUGCUUUUUAUAACAAGAACAUCGGAAUUGCAUCUACUUAGUCAAGUAUGUCGUCCGUCCGUCCCCCCGCAAGUUGUGCCAUGUCUUGACUGUUCAUGCUGUCUUGUAUUAAGUUAUGUUCGUUUGUUGCUCACUUUUCUUUUCCUGCUGUAGUUAUGGUAAGAAUUUUAACAAAAUUUGUCGCAGUUUAAAAAUCUAUUAAAAAUGACAGCUAAUUAGCUGAAAGUUCCUGUAUUCUUAUCUGUGUUAUUUAAAUAACUUACGGCUGCACACUCAAUUAAAUAUUUAUUUACAAUAACUGCCCCUUAAAUUAAAUCAGUUUGAAUCAUUCAUUUUCAUAUAUUAGCGGUUUUUCCUCCUCUUCUCAAGAUCUGAGGUUUGAAUGGAUCAAGAGACACACAAAGCCAGAACUGUAUAGAGUAAUACUAGUGGACCUAACAGAUUCUACAAAAUAGAGAUGUGUGCAGAUUCUACACAUGUUGUGAACGCACACCUACAGUGGCUAGACAAGGAAGUGGUAUGUGUGUUUGAAUCAUAGCUCAACACUCCCCUUUACCAAUAGAGUGAGUAUCAGUGAGCAGGAAGAGGACAGACAUGUCUGAAAAUAGAGAUGUGUGCAGUAUGUUGACGGAAUAUAGAGAUGAGGUACUACCUCUUUAACCAGUUACUUUAACAUAAUUUGAUGCUUUAUUUUUUUUCUUCUGUUUUCUCUUGCUGUUGGUGUGUCCUGUUAGAUGUCAUGUAUAGAGACUAACAUGCUGGAAAUUGUGAAACUUAACAGGAGAUGAAAAUAAGGGAAAUAAUUUGUUUGACAUUGUAUUAAUAAAACCUUGUUGAAAUUA